AUGAAAACGAAGCUUCUUCUUUUGUUUCUCAUGCUCCUCCUUAUUCUCCACAAACCCAUUUGGACUCUUGCCUCACCAUACCCUCUUGCCCCCUCACCUCAAGUUCCACCCUUUUCUCCAAUUUCAACUUCAAUGUCUGCUUCUUCUCCAGGAAUUGUGAUGGGGGCUGAACAGCAGCAAAUGGAUUCGCACAAGAAAAUGGUAAUUGCAAUUGCCGUAGCCAGCACUUCACUUGGUGCAGUCAUUUUGAGUGUGUUGUGUAUCUGGAUUUACCAUACCAAGUACCCUUCAAAAUCCAAAGGGAAAAACGUUCAAAGAUCAGAUGCUGAGAAAGGGUUAGCUUCAUCACCAACUUUGAGUAAAUUCACCUCUAUAAAGCUGGUUGGUAAGAAAGGGGGUGUUCCAAUCAUUGAUUAUAAGCAAGUAGAAAAAGCCACUGGCAAUUACAAGGAAAGUAACAUCUUGGGUGAGGGAGGUUUUGGAUGCGUUUAUAAAGCUCAUUUAGAUGAUAAUUUGGAAGUUGCCGUUAAGAAACUGCACUGUGAAAAUCAGUAUGCUGAGCAAGAAUUUGAGAACGAGGUGGAAUUGUUAAGUAAAAUUCAACAUCCAAAUGUGAUUUCUCUGCUGGGUUGUAGCAGUAAUGAAGAUACAAGGAUUAUUGUCUAUGAAUUGAUGCAUAAUGGAUCAUUAGAAACUCAAUUACAUGGACCUUCUCAUGGCGCUGCAUUGGCUUGGCAUUUGAGGAUGAAAAUUGCCCUUGACACAGCAAGGGGAUUAAAAUAUCUGCAUGAGCACUGUUAUCCUCCUGUGAUCCAUAGAGAUCUGAAAUCUUCUAAUAUUCUUUUAGACACGAAGUUCAAUGCCAAGCUUUCAGAUUUUGGUCUUGCCAUAACCAAUGGGACCCAAAACAAGAACAAUAUCAAGCUUUCAGGCACGUUGGGUUACGUGGCCCCGGAGUAUCUUUUAGAUGGUAAAUUGACUGAUAAAAGUGAUGUAUAUGCUUUUGGAGUUGUGCUGCUGGAGCUUCUAUUGGGAAAGAAGCCUGUGGAAAAACUAGCACCAGCUCAAUGCCAAUCUAUUGUCACAUGGGCCAUGCCACAGCUCACAGACAGAUCUAAGCUUCCAAACAUCGUGGAUCCUGUAAUUAAGGAUACAAUGGACCCCAAACACUUAUACCAGGUUGCUGCAGUGGCAGUGCUGUGCGUGCAACCAGAGCCAAGUUACCGUCCCCUGAUUGCAGAUGUUCUCCACUCACUCAUCCCUCUUGUGCCCGUUGAGCUUGGAGGAACACUCAAAGUUGCACAACUGCCACAGCAAGUCUUACCUGCUGACCCACAUGAGGAUUCUAGACCAUGA